AUGGACAGACCUCUGGUGGCGCUAAUACUGUUGUCAUACCAAUCGAUUGGCGAUUCACCCGGUGGUCCGGGCGGACCGGGAAGUCCUGGAAGCGGUGAUUAUAUCGAAGGCUUUCUCAAUGGAGAUGAAAACGAGCCAAAGUUCUCGACGCCGACUGUUGUGGACGGAAACGAGCAAACAAUUCCCGAUCUCACAAAUACCGACAAUGAUCAGGGUCCGCCUCCCUUUAUACCUCCACCACCCGUUCCCCACCCGUCCAUCGAUCUGAAAGGCUCAAUUGGCGAUAAAUCUAUACUUGAAGAAAAAAUGCCAACAAAUCCUGAACCGAAUUACAUAACACUUAAGGGAGAGAAAGGCGAGAGAGGGGAGAGGGGAGAGAGGGGUGAGAAGGGCGAAUGCAUGGAAAGGGAGACCAUUGAGACAAUAUACGAGACACAGACGCCGGCGCCGGUUAUCAAUCAAUGCGUUUGCAAUGUAUCGGAAAUUAUAUCUAGUCAUCAAAUUAAGGGCCCAAAGGGUGAUGUGGGACCAGUUGGACCACCCGGACCUCCAGGUCCGCCCGGGAGGGGAUCCACGUUUGACCCAGACCUAUCGCCGGGUUAUUUCGGAGCACCGGGUUCUGGCUCAUCAUUUUCGUAUUUAACGCGAGUGGGCGACCCGGGACUACCCGGUCCCAGGGGUUUACCCGGACAUAAAGUGGGCGACCCGGGACUACCCGGUCCCAGGGGUUUACCCGGACAUAAAGGAGACAAAGAUUUGGUCUUAAAGGUGAACCGGGAAGGAAUGGCAAGAGAGGCAAACCGGGAAGGCAUGGAAUACCCGGUCCGCCAGGGAUUAUGGGUCCCCCGGGAGAAGUGGGAUUUCCGGGUAUCCCAGGUCCUAAGGGUGACAGAGGAGAGAUGGGAGUUCCCGGAUCGCCUCCUUAUGGUCCUGAAGGGCCAGGCGGGCCUGGUGGCCCACUUAGCGCAUAUCGAGGAAUUAAAGGGUCGGCAUCUCUAUCGAGACAUGACGCUCAGCCGGGUAUUUCGAUGCAAACAUUUGUCAAAUCAAAAUAAACCUAAUUUUAACUGCAAUUUAGUGUUCGUUGACGGCCCACCCGGACCUCCCGGCCCUCCCGGUGAAAAGGGAGAGCCUGGACAUGCGACUAAGGCAACAGCGGCACACCUAAUAGUUCCCGGGGCUGUUACCAUCAAAAACAUGGAGUCCCUUAUUAAGGCAUCGGCUAACAGUCCGAUGGGAACCCUGGCCUUCAUUAUCGACGAGCAGUCGUUACUUAUUAAAGUGAAUGGGGGCUGGCAGUACGUACCGUUGGGAUCACUGGUUCCCAUGACUUCAGAUGUGAACGAAAUUGCAUUGGGAUCACUGGUUCCCAUGACUUCAGAUGUGAACGAAAUUGCAGGCGAAAUACUAUUCAAUUCGUGGAAAGACUUGUUUACUGGUGCCGGCGCUCCCUUUCCAUUCCCACCGAAGAUUUAUAGCUUCGAUGGCAGAAACGUAUUGACUGACUAUUCCUGGCCCCAGAAGCUGGUCUGGCACGGGGCCGACAGGUCAGGCGUGCGAAAUAGUGAGGCCUACUGUGACGCGUGGAACAACAACAGUAUGGCGAAAGUAGGUCUGGCCAGUUCGCUACUUAGAGGCAAACUACUGGACCAGGAGAAGUACUCGUGCAACAACUCCUUUAUCGUGCUCUGCAUUGAGACCACCAGUCCUGAGGACAGGCAGAAGAGACACGUCCACCCCUCGGCAGACGUUUAAAUGGCAUUAGUCUUAACGGCACUCACGAGGAAUGUAUUGUCUCUGCCAUAGAAUACCUGCCGUCCAAUCGAUAUGCAAUGCAAAGAGACUUUUGUUUAUUGGAGGCAAUAAUUAUUUGAUUGAAAAAUGAAUUUUGUUAAUUCAAUGUACAAAUUCUAGUCAUUAAUCAUUAAUUUUUAAUUAUAUUGUAAAGCAUUUUAAGGAAUUAAUGACAUUUCGCUUUUUCUGAAAGCCAUACGAAAAGCACUAAAUGUUUUUUGUUUUUCUAAUCAAUAAUUAUUGUAUUUGUUUAUUACCAGCAAAAUAAUUGUAAGGGAUGUGCAAAAC